CGGUUCACCAUUUACUUACAAACCAAUUGGUGGUUAAUAAUAUCCAUGAGAUAUGGUCUGCUAUAGAAGGUCAGCCAAUUAGGUUUUCGCUAUAUGAGUUUGGUGAUAUUACGAGUUUAAAUUGCGAGCCUUUCAACAUAAAUGACGAGGUGGAGAUUGAUCAUAAGCCAUUUUGGGAAGAGCUUGGUGUCUCUCCUUCACAUGGUCCUAUGCUUUCUGAGUUGCAGUCGUUGUUCACUAAAAUUAGGAAUUGGUCGUUUGAGAAGAGAAGAAUGAUUGGUUUACUAUGUGUCUUGUCUAUUGGAGUACUUGGCAUCUCUCCAGGCAGUAGAAUUCCUUUGGAUCAAGCAAAGAGAGUCCUAGACAUAGAAGCAUUUGACAGAUACCCUUGGGGGCGUGUGGGAUUUUCUAGCCUGGUAAAUUCAGUGAAAAUUGUUUCAUAUGAAGGAAGGAACAAGUAUACACUUCGCGGAUGCGUACACGCUCUCCUCAUCUGGGUGUAUGAGUCGAUACCUGGUAUUGGGCAUGAAUAUGGGAAUCAUAUUGAGGGUAACCAAGUUCCUCUUCUCUCCUGGUAUGGAUCUCGUGGUCGUAUAAACUGGGAUGAGUUUUAUAAAAAGGAGAAAAGUCUCCAUCUGAAGGUACGAGUCAGACAUCUCAUUGUCAAGCAAGAAGCUGAGAUAUACCCUCAAUGGCCAGAGGACAAGGUUGAUGAUGAUCUUCACAACUUGAUCACAGACAUUCUACAUGGUGAGCUCGAUGAUACGUAUUGGAACUUGAACUCGCGUACUGCACCAGUACCAAACAAAGAGAAAAGGAAAUUGGUGAGUGAAGAACAAGAGUGUAUGAAAAAAAAAAGCCAAAAGAGAGGACAUCCACUCAUGCUUGCGGAUCCAGCCUUAACUCAAGUCGAGAUGAUACAUUCCAACUUGGCCUAAUGGAAGCAAUGAACACAUUGACUGCAAAGGUUGGAAGUAUGGACACAAUCAUUGUUGAGAAGGUGUUGACUGCAGUAGACGCAUCUGUAGAUGAAAAAGUAAAUGCAAGGAUUGGUGAAGCCGAGCUGGUAUUUACACAGAAAAUCUCCACUUUACAAGAAGAGAUUGCUCAACUUAGAGAGCAAAUGCAAGCUACUGUCCCUAAAAAUGAUGCACAUUACAAUGUGAACCAUGAAGAUGAAGUCAACAGCAACGACCCGUCAUGGAUGGUCCAAGACAAAGCCUCAUCACAAAUGGAUGCGGCAAUACAAUGUGUGGUUAGAAAGAAAGCCAAAAAAUCCGAGGUCAAGCUAACAUCUCCAAUUCUACUUGACACUGGUGGUGAGAAGGUUGUUGGAACAACAAAAGUAAAAAAACCAGCUAGAGGAUUGAAAAAUGUAAAGAAGGAGAAGGUUGAAGUUCCACAACUUAGGGAUUCUGGUGGAACAUGGUCUGAUUCAGAAGACAAGCAAAAAUAUGGUAAUCUAGAUGCCACAUUAGACCAGUUGGUGGCAGUCUUGGAUGGACCUUUGCAAAAACGCAAGACACAGCUGACAAAGACCCAAGUGUAUCCAUAUGUAGGUAACUCAACUGUCAAAAGGAUCAUAAAAGGUGAUGUCUCUAAAGCCUGCUAUGAUCCCUUAGCUAAAGUUGAUGAGACAAAAUUUAGGAAGCUACUGGAUUAUUUGCGAAGUCUUGAGUAAGUUUAAUUAUUAGCAUGCCUUAUUUGUUCUUAAUAAUUUGUUACUGUUAUACUAACUUGAGCUUGUUUUUUAUUCAUUUCAGUGGUGAUAAUGAUGUAGACACUAACUUCUAUAUGAAGCUAAUAACGCCAAGAAAUGUGUGGGAAACAGAUCGUUUUUGGGUGGCUGUCAGAUCGUUUUGGAGCCACUGCCUUAGCCUUUUUCGAUUUGCUUGCUACCCCCAUCUUUGGCGUACACACUUUCCUCAUAUUUGUAUCUACUUCUGGAAUUAAUCCGUAGGCUAUAAAGUCUUCAUCAUCUGAUGUCGCACCAUCUGAAUCAUCGCAAUAGUCAAACCGUUCUCCGUCAGUGUCUGAGUCUUCAUCAUGAUUACAAUCAUACUGGUUAAUCUGUUUCAUCGUCUUCAUGUUGUCUUUAAAAGUGACCUCUAUGCAUAGACGAACUUUGUCAGAUUGUAGGAGACGGAAGAAACCUUGCAACUGUCGAAAAUUCCCAAUUUUAACUGGGGGUGUGUCACGAGUUAGCUUCAUCAAGCUUUUCCUGCCAAGCAUGUAACUCAAUUCGAUAUUAACAUGUCUCUUAUCUAAUUCGUAGUCCUCAUAAACCAUGUUAAUCAUAUCUUCAAAGCUUGUCUUGUCACUGACUGGAAUUACUUUGCUUCCUCUUCUGUUAUCAACGUGAAACAUCCACUUAUCCUUCUCGAAUAACCACUGCCCACAAACGGCUAUAACCCCCUCCAUCAGUUUCUCUUGAGAUUAACGUGAAAUAGCCACUUGUCCAAAAAAUGAUCGUGACUUGGAGAAGAAGAAGUUUUACGGCUAAAUCUAGGUUUUAAUAACUGGUUGAAGGUAUGGUCGAAAUUUUGGUUUAAUUAGAGCAAACCGGAAUUUUUUUCUUCUAAUUAGUUAACCAAUUAUGUUGUUAACCGGUUCUGGAUGAAAAAGUCUGCCAUCCCUUGAAAGUCUGCGGUAACUAGAAUAAAGCAUGCCGUAAGUAUGCCGUAACUAGAAGCAUACUUAUUCUGAAAGUUUGUCGUUUGUAAACGUAGAAAGUAUAAGUCUGCUAUAACAUGAAAAGAAAAUCUGCUAAAUUAUAAAAAGUCUACGAGAUAAAUCUGCAUGCCAGUACAAAACUUUCGACAUAUUACAAAACCUGUCGUCAUAGGAAAAAAAUCUACCACUAAAAGUCUGCCAACGUAAAAUAAAUCUGCGAGUAUAAUCAAAUCUACCAUCAUGUGAGGUAGACUUGUUUUUGAAAGUAUGUGAUGGUAUAAGUCUACGAUACUAAGUUUUCGGUAAACAAUAAAUCUGCAACAGUUUAUUAAAAUUGCCAUCAAGUAUUGCAGAUUUUUUAUAGCAGACUUAUAUUACUGUUUCGUUAAAAAAAAAAAAUUGAUGACGUGCAAUAUUUUUUUUUUCUGUAAUUUGUUUUUUUGUUAACAAAGAAAAUAAGGGUAUUGUAGGCAUAAAAAAUAUUUUAGUAAUUAAAAAAAGUUAUAAGUUACUCUAGUAAUAAUAACAUAAUUUGGAGUUAUUUUAGUAAUCUUACCUAAACAUUUUGUGGAUUUUAUAUAAGAUAAAUAAUGGGUGAGAUAAGCAUUUAGAUCAAAAUGAUUUGUUGAUCAUAGAUAUUAAAGUAUGUCUAUUUGAAUAGCUGGGUUUUGGUCAUAUAUAAUCAGCGUGUAAAACAUAUGUUAGACGAAGAGUUUGGAUCAAGAGAUUUUUUAUCCUACAUUGAAAGAUAGUUUAUAAUUACAGUUUCAUCUCCAUAGUGAUUUGUAGUUGUCUACGCUUGGAUUGUAUAAUGGCGAUCUGUUGAUUUGAAUUAGAAAUGUUCCAAGAUCACCUAAAAGUUAAUUAGAGCAAUAACUUUGGUAAUCUUUCAAAUGAAUAUUCCAUCAGAUAGUUAUAUACAUAUUUAAUAUUCAAAUGUGAAUACAUGAUUUUCUUAAUAAUUUAUUGAUGAAU